AUGGACGGCCGCUUCUUAUUGGCAUUCCUCCUCUGCUCAUUGUUGUGGAUUUUCUUCUGGGAAGUGCACUGGAAGAAAAACAAAGACGGUCAGAUUAAGGAAUGGCUUCAAGGACACAGACUUUUUCAAUACAGACACAUAUUUGAAGAUGUGCAGACCCUGGAAGAGCUGAGCUUGAGUGUAUUGAGUCGUUUGGAGGAGGUAGUGAAGGAACAGAAGCGCUGGGGGGAGAUUGCAGAGGCUAACAUCCAGCUGCUCAGAGAUUUUGCAUUCCAAGAGUGGCUUUGCGCCCAGAACUUGGAACAUUACUACAAUACACUGAAGACCUUGGGUUGUAUGAACCUAGAUGACCUCUCUCAGUUUGACAACACGCAGCAGCUUUCUCUAGCUGCGUGGGGUUACUUCUACGAGGACUACAUCAAGUUAUCAACCGGUAUCAAAAUCCUCCAGAAAUCCAGGGGAAGCCGUGACCAGGACUACGAGAUCCGGCUGGUACACAGCCUUGCAGAGAGACGUCUGAAUGAAAAGUGGUCUGUUGCAGGUGCUCUCAUAUUUGGCUGUACUGUGGCCCUGUGCUUUUUGAUAAGGGACCUCAUGUUUUACGUGAUUGGUGGAAUAACUGUUUCCAUCAUAGCUUUUGUCUUUACCAUCAAGUUCCUUUGUGAGCUUGCAGCCAGAGUGGUUAGCUUCCUCCAGAAUGAGGAUCCUGGGCGUCGUGGUGACCGAAGCAUCUAUGACUAUGUCCGGGGGAAUUACCUUGAUCCACGUUCCUGCAAAGUAUCAUGGGACUGGAAGGAACCACAGGAGGUGGGGCAGACGAUGAGCUUCAGGGUGCAGCUUUUCUAUAAAAAUGGACAACCUUUUCCCGCUCACCGACCAGUUGGACUGAGAGUCAACAUUACUCACAUUGAACUAGCCUUGGAUAUUCCAGUUACUCAGGAGGUCCUACAAGAGCCAGAGUCUAAUGUUGUCAAAGUGGCUUUUACUGUGCGCAAGGCUGGUCGCUAUGAAGUUGCCGUGAAGUUAGGAGGGCUCAACGUGGCCUACAGUCCCUAUUACAAAAUAUUCCAGCCAGGAACUGUGGUCCCCUCAAAAACAAAAAUAGCCUACCAUUUUUCAACCCUGGUUCUAACAAAUGGCCAGCAACACACUUUGCAGAUUGAACCCAGAGACGAGUAUGGUAAUCCCACAAGCAACUCCACAAGUCUGACAGAUGAGGCCAACUACAGCGUCCAUGUGCAUUCGCUAGGUACAGUAGAUGACGAUAAUAUGGAAGACUGCUACUGUAAAUCGGUUUCACUCAACAAGCCACAGUGCCAGGUCCUACUCAGACUAACCCUGAAGAGGACCGGCUGCUUCAGGGCCCGGAUCUCCUACAAGGACCAGCCACUCAGCAACGGGGAGUUUGACAUUAUUGUUCUCAGUGAGAAUGAGAAAAGCUGUGUGGAGAAGAAUGUGUCUACACCAGGCAUCAGUAUCUACUUUGAGGCCUACCUCUACAGCAGUGGGAACUACAGCAGCUCCUCAUGGCAGUUCCCCGCCUCCUCUUUGCUGGCUCCUCAGAGAAGACCCUCGAUGGGAGAAGAAGAGGAUGAGCAUGACUCUCCUGUGGAGGGACAACCAGAAAAAGUCAAAAAACCCAAAAAGGUCUACUGUUACAUAUCACCAAAGCAACUAUCAGUGAAGGAGUUCUACUUAAAGAUUAUUCCAUGGCGCCUUUAUACCUUUCGAGUAUGUCCUGGAACAAAGUUCACGUACCAUGGUCCUGACCCCGUUCACAAGUAUUUGACUUUAGUAGUGGAUGAUGGGAUCCAGCCUCCAGUGGAGCUAAGCUGCAAAGACAGAAACAUCAUGGCAGCUACUUUCAUUCGGUUUUUGCACAAAAAUAUUGGUGGUUCUGAGACUUUCCAAGACAAGGUGAACUUCUUUCAGCGUGAACUCAGGCACAUUCACUCCAAGAAACCUCGUACCAAGACCUGCCUGAAGAUUGCCCGACACGCAAUUCUUGAUUCAUCCUUAAGAGCAACAAGAAACUUUUCAGUGUCAGACUGGAGCAAGAACUUUGAAGUGGUGUUCCAGGAUGAAGAAGCUCUCGACUGGGGAGGGCCGAGAAGAGAGUGGUUUGAGCUAAUUUGUAAAACCCUUUUUGACACAUCCAACUAUCUGUUCACACGCUUCAGUGACAACAACCAGGGCCUGGUGCACCCAAAUCCUGAUCGACCUCAGCACUUGCGUCUAAAAAUGUACGAGUUUGCGGGCCGUGUUGUGGGGAAGUGCCUGUACGAGUCUGCUUUAGGUGGAGCCUAUAAACAAUUGGUCCGAGCGCGAUUCACAAGGUCCUUCUUGGCUCAGAUUAUUGGUCUGAGGAUGAACUAUAAGUACUUUGAGACUGAUGACCAGGAGUUCUAUAAAACAAAAGUGUGCUUCAUUCUAAACAAUGAUGUGAGUGAAAUGGACUUGGUGUUUGCGGAGGAGAAAUACAGCAAAAUGGGACAGCUGGAGAAGGUGGUGGAGUUGAUAUCAGGAGGGGCUAACAUUGCUGUGACCAAUGAAAACAAGAUGCAUUAUCUGAACCUACUGGCACAAUACAGGCUGGCCAGCCAGGUGAGGGACGAGGUGGAACACUUCCUCAAAGGUCUGAAUGAGCUGGUUCCAGAAAAUCUAUUGGCUAUAUUUGAUGAGAAUGAGUUAGAGCUAUUGAUGUGUGGAACAGGAGACAUCAAUGUGCAAGACUUUAAAGCCCAUGCUGUAAUUGUUGGAGGAUCCUGGCAUUUCAGAGAAAAGGUGAUGAAAUGGUUCUGGGCAGUGGUUUCGAGCUUCACUCAAGAAGAGCUGGCCCGGCUGCUGCAGUUCACCACCGGCUCUUCUCAGCUUCCUCCAGGAGGAUUCAAUACUCUGUGUCCCUCCUUCCAGAUCAUCGCAGCCCCUACACACAGCACUUUGCCCACUGCACACACCUGUUUUAAUCAGCUGUGUCUGCCGACAUACGACUCCUAUGAGGAGCUGCACAAGAUGUUGAAGCUGGCCAUCAGUGAGGGUAGCGAAGGCUUUGGGAUGCUCUGA